UUGCUAAGAGACACUGUACUACGAAUGGGGCUUCUACGAACGCCGAGGGAGGGGCGGGCGAGGCCUUCCGCGGAGUACGGUGGCCCGGAGCGGGCAUCUGUGGGCGCGAGUGUCGGGGUGAUGGUGGUGCGGCCCCGCUGACUGACGACUAGAGCCCACCACAGGUGAGUUGAUGAAGGGAUUCCUGGAUGACUGACAUGGACACAAGAAGCUAAUGAUGGCAGAGGAUAGACAGUGCCCUUCACGAUGAUCUUCAGGCUUCACUGAGGGAACGUCUUAGAGAGUCUUUGUAUUUCUAAGCCUUCAGUAUUUACACCUUGGGGCAGUUGACCCUCUUACCAGAUACAUUUUAGAAAUCAAAAUGGAAGGUGUCGAAGAAAUUUUGGACCAGUUAUACAAGAAAGUACUUCUUGGAGGCACCCUUGAAGAUGACGUCCAUGGUUACAUCUUUUAUCUCAACCCAAACCUCUCAGAACAAGCUGACUGUACAACCCCCUCUUUAACUAGGUCCAAUGUCAGUGGCACACUUGGUGGGGUGCCAGGUGCAAAGAGUCCCUUUGAGAUGAGCAGGGCCCGGGAGGUGAAGCUCCUUCAGUUAACAGUGAUGGAUGUGAUGCUGAGCCGAGUGCUGUCUGCUGAAACUGAGGCCCUCGCAAAGGAGGGGUACAGAAAGCUGACUGAAGGCCUUUUGCAGUCCGCUGAAGUCGAUUCCAAACUGAUCUGGAUGCUCCAGAAUUCCGACAAGUUGAUGUCUCACUUGGCUGCCAAGUGCCUCUCAUCGCUCCUCUAUUUCCAGCUGAGAGCGAAGAUGGCAUUGAGUAAUCCCUGGAUCACUUUUUGCCAAAAGCAUCUCUCUGAAUCCCCUGAGAGUAGAGAAGCAGUGCAUUGCCUCUGGAUUCUUACAGUUGUAAUAAAAGAAAUCUUUAAAGAUACACAUUGCCAGCAAGCAGAAAUGCUAAAGCAGCUCUUGGCUCCUUUUGACAUUACUUUUGAAGUAUUCUACAAUUCCUUAUUUUCUCAGCAUUUUGGAAACUUCCAGAAUCCCUCUAACGUAGUCAACAGCCUGGUGUGCUUCCUGGAGCUGCUUGAACUUCUCACAGCCUCCAGAAUCCACCUGAAACUACACUUUAAGAGCCAAAGGAUGCUAUUUUUGAAACCCUGUGCUCUAGAUAUUCUUGCCUGGCCUAUUCCAGCUUUUGUUAAAAGGAAAUUGGUUAUAGUCAUCAAAAAGUGCCUUCUAGGUAAAAUGGGGGAAGACCUCUGCCGUGGAUCUGUGCCUGCCCUGAUGUCACCUGACCAUUUUCUGGACGGUGACGUGCUGGCCUUGGCUGAUGCACUUCUGCAUGCCGUGCGCCUGGGGUUGUGGAAGGACUUGUCUGUGUCUGGAAAGCCUUCCCGCUUUGGAGGGGAUGAAGUUCAACCUGGAUGCCAACCAAGGAUUGGCCCUGAUUACGUCACCCUGAGAGCAGCAAGCUUGAUUACAGUGAAAUCCUUAGAAAUCAAGUUCCAGAACUGUACGUCAGCCGCCGAAAUGAGAGCUGACUUGCAGAAGUUCAUGUCCGAGUUACUGACCUUCUUGAAGUCUCACCUUCGGCGCCCUCUACGAUUAUACAACCCAUGUGAAUGGCUGUUCAGGGUCUUCAUAGAGCAGGACGAUGACAUGGUGGAGGCUGCCAAAGCGUCCCUGAGCAUCUACCUCCAGCUGACCAGAGGACAGGAUGACACUUCUGGAAGACUGACCCAAGAAAAUGAAGCAUGGAUCCACUACACACAUAGAAAUGGCUGUAAUCCACACUGUAUUUUCUUAUUCUUAUUAAAGAACAUAGUGUUUGAUUCUACAGUUCUUCUUGACUUCUUGAUUUCCUCCGAAACCUGUUUCUUUGAGUAUUUUGUUAAAUACUUAAAGUUACUGCAGAGGGACUGGGGUCACUUUCUGGCCAUCUGCAAGUUCUUUGAUGCAGCCAAAUUACAAUGUGGAGUACAUACUCAUGGUGCUGUCACCCCCUCACUUGUCCAAGACUCAAGAGCCAGCCACACAAUACAGCGUGCUCUGGCUUCUCCUGUUGGCCACACAGUACCGCAUGCUCUGGCUUCUCCUGUUGGCCACAGAAAUGCUUGCCCACAGGUCUCCUGGGCUUCCAAUGCCUCCUCUGAACCCCAGAGCCAGGUGGUGAUGGCCAGGCAAGCUCACACAGUGCCAGCUCAUGGCCCACCCUCCCAGACCCCACUGAGUCUGGUAGAUUAUGAGAGCUCUGAAGAUUCUGAUGAGGAAGCCACAAAUCAGCAUUUAGCAAACUACAGACAGACAUCUUCACAUCAAGAAAUGAGCAGGGAAACUCAAGGCCUGCCUAGAACAAGUCAGAAUCGAAAAGAACGUAGCCGUAGCAGGGAACAUCAGCAGAGGCUUCUGCUUCCCCUACAGUCCAAUCCUCCCAACUGUGCUACUGGGGAAGUUGCUCCCAAUGGGGCUGUCCAGGAAGUGGGGCUGUUUCUUAGAACAGUGAAAUGCCUCCAGGAGCUACAGGACGCUAUUGAACGCUUACAGGAGAAAAACCUCUUUCCGUAUAACCCAGCAGCACUUCUGAAGUUGUUGAAAGUGGUGGGAGCAAAGUGUGGUAAAGUGUGAGCACGGGGUGACACAGAAGCAUUUGUCCUCUUGUUUUUGUCUAUGUAAAUUGCAUAUCUGAGAUAAAUAAAAAGGAACCAAAAUUGCAAAAA